GACUCAGCACGGGGCAUCACCAGUUUGUGUCUAACCGUACGAGCGAACCCUAAUUGCCUAAUAGCACGUAACUCAUAAACCCAAGAAUCCCUCUUUAAAACCCUCAAAGUCGUGAGGAACUGAUCAUCAGUCGCAUUCUACACAACGAUUUGUCUUUGUUUUCACUAAUUCAUUAUUCCCUCCAGAAAUUUACUCUAAUGGCGAAGCGUUUGAUCCCAUCUUUGAAUCGCGUUUUAGUGGAGAAGAUCGUUCCUCCUUCCAAAACCACAGCCGGAAUUUUACUCCCCGAGAAAACCGCCAAGUUGAACUCUGGGAAAGUGAUUGCAGUAGGUCCGGGAGCUAAAGAUAGAGAGGGGAACCAUAUUCCUGUCUGUGUAAAGGAAGGUGAAACUGUCCUCUUACCUGAAUAUGGAGGAAUGAAUGUAAAGCUUGGUGAGAAAGAGUAUCUCUUGUAUGGAGAUCAGGAUAUAUUGGGAAUUCUGUGCGAGUAAUUCCACCCUUUGGUGACCAAGCAUAGAAGUUAUUUAGAAGGGUUCUACUGAUAAUGGUCACUAAUUGCAGUUUUAGGUUGUAGGCAGUAAAUAAAAGUUCUACUUUGUGUCGACUCUUUUAUGCUAUUGAGGCUGCAAACUCCCAUCAAAGAUUUAACAUUUAUGAAGAGUGAACUUCCGAAUUUCAAGUAUAUUCAUAUUCACCGGUGUAUUACCUAAUAAUCUUGGGGAAUUGAUUUCAUUACAUUGGCCUUCCAAUUGAUCGCAUUUGCGGUUAAAAGUGUCAUGCCCAUGCCUGUUGAAAACUGGACAAUGGUGAACUGCAUAUAUGAAACCGAGUACUUAUGGA